GGGAAAAAAGAAAAAAGAAAAAGAAUAAAUAUUCUGGGUUAUUUUGCUGCUGCAGCUGCUUCCAUGCCAUUUCCAUUUUCGUCUACUUGAUCGGAUCUGCCACCGAACCCUAACACUCUUCCUUCGAUUUCUUAUAUUUCAUUUUUGUGUAAAAUCUCAUCGGCGAUUUCGAAAAUGACAUACGCGUUUCAUUUACUCAGUCACUCCAGAAAGUUGCGUAAUGCUUCGAACUUGCUACACCAUGAGCCUGCACUUUUGGUUCGUUGUUUUUCCGGCGAUGCUCAACCCUCUAUCAACAGAAACCGCGAUAUGUGGAAAACGGGAUUCCAUGAUCAUGAGUCUUCAGCAAGAAACAGUGUCUCUGAACUGGCUCCCAACUUCACUAAACUUUCAUUUGGUAUACAGAAGAGAAACAUCUCCAUGGCUACCAUGAAAAAGGGUUCCAUUAGUGGGUCCUUGUUCAAUGGAGAGAUUUCACGAAGUUCACAGGUGCUGUCAAGGAGAUGUUACGCAUCAGCUUCAGAACUCCCCCCACACCAGGAAAUUGGAAUGCCUUCUCUCUCACCGACAAUGACAGAGGGUAACAUUGCAAGAUGGCUGAAGAAAGAAGGUGAUAAAGUUUCUCCUGGUGAAGUGCUCUGUGAAGUUGAAACUGAUAAAGCAACAGUUGAAAUGGAAUGCAUGGAGGAAGGUUAUCUGGCCAAGAUAAUAUGUGGGGAUGGGGCAAAAGAAAUUAAAGUUGGUGAGGUAAUCGCCAUAACUGUUGAAGAUGAGGGGGAUAUUUCGAAGUUUAAAGAUUACCAACCUUCAGCAUCAGAACCUAGUGCUCCCACUGCCAAAGAAACAUCUGCCCCACCUCCACCAAAGAAAGAGGCGGUAGGGGAGCCUGCCCGAGAAGGUGAGCCAAAGGUUUCCAAACCCAGUGCUCCACCUUCAUCUGGAGAUCGCAUAUUUGCUAGUCCUCUUGCUAGGAAGUUGGCUGAAGAGAAAAAUGUACCUAUCUCUAGCAUUAAAGGAACUGGACCUGAAGGGCUCAUUGUCAAGGGUGACAUUGAUGAUUACUUGGCUUCUGGUGUUAAAGAAGUUUCAGCACCCUCGAAGGCCAAGGUUGCAACAGAUGCGGCAUUGGAUUAUACUGACAUUCCUGUUUCUCAGAUAAGGAAGGUCACAGCUUCACGUCUAUUAUUAUCCAAACAAACUAUUCCUCAUUACUAUUUAACAGUAGAUACAUGUGUUGAUAAACUCAUGAGCUUGCGGGCUAAACUUAAUUCAUUGCAAGAAGCUUCAGGUGGUGCCCGCAUAUCAUUAAAUGACCUUGUAAUCAAGGCUGUUGCUUUGGCUCUCCGUAAAGUCCCUGAAUGCAACAGUUCAUGGACAAAUGAUUAUAUUCGGCAGUAUCAUAAUGUGAAUAUUAAUGUUGCAGUGCAAACUGAUAAUGGACUUUUUGUUCCAGUCAUCAGGGAUGCAGACAAGAAAGGCCUCUCUACGAUAGGUGAUGAGGUCAAACAAUUGGCAAAGAAAGCCAAAGAAAACAGCUUGAAACCCCAAGAUUAUGAGGGAGGUACAUUUACAGUGUCUAACUUGGGAGGGCCAUUUGGUGUCAAACAGUUCUGUGCCAUCAUCAAUCCUCCCCAAUCAGGCAUUCUUGCAGUUGGAUCUGCUGAGAGGAGGGUCAUUCCGGGUUCAGGUGCUGAGGAAUUCAAGUUUGCGUCCUUUAUGGCUGUAACCCUCAGCUGUGAUCAUCGUGUAAUAGAUGGUGCAAUUGGUGCCGAAUGGUUAAAAGCAUUCAAAGGGUAUAUUGAAAAUCCAGAAUCCAUGUUGUUGUAAGAAUAAAUAGAAGGCUCCGUUGACGUCGGGGGAUGAGAUUUGUUUCCCUGAGUAUUUCCAUAAUACAAUUUUUGAUUGAAGUCUUUAAUCACUGAAAAUAAAUUUUGCAAAUUUGUAAUAUUUUAAUAAGAGGGUAGAUGAGGCAUUUAAUUUUAAACCCUGAAAUUAUGUUCUCACAAGAGAAUGCUGCCUCAUGAUACAGGCAGAUGAGCACUUAAUAUUUUCUUGUUAGAUGGUGUGAAUAUUUGAAAGAACUUUUAUUUAAUUUUC